UUUGGGAAGGCGACGGCGCUCACACCUGCAUGCCUCGUCUGAGUGGAGCGAAAUUGUAUUCAGAAAUUAUUGGUAAUGUUUGGAAGCUAAAAAAAAAAAGAGAGGAGUCAACCCUGAGGAGGAAGAAGUAGUAUGAUUUGCUGGCGUCACCCCUCUGCUCCGUGCCGGCGCGGCGAAUGGCAGGUCCCGAGGUCGCAGCUUCCUCUGGCGCGGGUACCUGAGUUGCCCGUUGCCCUUGGUCUCGGGGUCGCUGUCGGCACUGAGGCGCAGCUAUCAUGGUGAACUUACUUCAGGUUGUGCGGGACCACUGGGUUCAUGUUCUUGUCCCUAUGGGAUUUGUCAUUGGAUGGUAUUUAGACAAAAAGAGUGAUGAACGGCUAACUGCCUUCCGGAACAAGAGUUUGUUAUUUAAAAGGGAAUUGCGACCCAAUGAAGAAGUUACCUGGAAGUGAAGAGUCUGGCUGAACUAUCGAAUGCUCACAUUUUAAACUUCUGAGAGAAAUAAAAACGUGAAGAAUCGGAAA